AUGAGUAGUGAUAUCGAAUGCUUAAUUAGAGGUAUUCCUUUAUAUAAUGCUUAUGGGGUUAUGUUCCCAAAUGUGAAUAAGUUACGUAAAUUUACUAGUGAUGUUAUAGAUGUACCAGUGGUCAGAGGUACUGAUGAGAUGUUUAAUCCUUGGUAUAAGGAGUGUGAACAUAUUUUGAAUGAUUGUAACGGUCAUGAUUCAUCUUUUAAAACCUUUGAUGAUUGGUAUAAGGAAAAAUAUUUGAGCAGUAAACCUCAUGGUAUUACUGAUAAUAUUACUUUGACUCCUGUAAAGAGAAGUUAA